AAAAGCCGGGUAGCCGAUACAACAUCUCCAAUACUCAAAUUGACCUUCUCAAGGUGACCGAUACCGCGGGCCAGUUCAGUCGCGCACAGUCAGAGGACCGUCUCGGCCGCGCGAUUUAUAAUUGAAUAGUCAAGAUGAGCGUACAGUCAGAUCACGAUAAGCGUAAGCAGAUCUCCGUGAGGGGGAUUGUGGAAGUGGAGAACGUCGCGGAGGUGAAAAAGGCUUUCAACCGUCAUGUCCAUUACACCCUCGUGAAGGACCGCAAUGUGGCGACGCCGAGGGACUACUACUUCGCGCUGGCGCACACCGUGCGUGACCACCUCGUCUCCCGCUGGAUCCGCACGCAGCAGUAUUACUAUGAGAAGGACCCCAAGCGCGUAUACUACCUCUCGCUGGAGUACUACAUGGGCCGUUCCCUCCAAAACACCAUGAUCAACUUGGGCAUCCAAGGCACCGUGGACGAGGCCCUGUACCAGCUCGGCCUGGACAUUGAGGAGUUGGAAGAGCUGGAGGAAGAUGCUGGCCUCGGUAAUGGAGGCUUGGGCAGGCUGGCUGCCUGCUUCUUGGAUUCCAUGGCCACACUCGGCUUGGCUGCUUAUGGUUAUGGUAUAAGGUACGAGUACGGCAUCUUCGCGCAGAAGAUCGAGAAUGGCGAGCAGCAGGAAGAGCCCGACGACUGGCUCCGUUACGGCAACCCGUGGGAGAAGGCCCGCCCCGAGUUCAUGCUGCCCGUCAACUUCUACGGACGGGUCGUCGACACCCCGCAGGGCAAGAAGUGGGUCGACACACAGGUGGUGUUCGCGAUGCCGUACGACAACCCGAUCCCAGGCUACAACAACAACGUCGUGAACACGCUCCGCCUCUGGUCCGCCAAGAGCCCCAUCGACUUCAACCUCAAGUUCUUCAACUCCGGCGACUACAUCCAAGCCGUGCUGGACCGGAACGUGGCCGAGAACAUCUCCCGCGUGCUCUACCCCAACGACAACUUCUUCGAAGGCAAGGAGCUCCGCCUGCGCCAGGAGUACUUCAUGUGCGCCGCCACCCUGCAGGACAUCAUCCGCCGCUACAAGUCCUCCAAGUUCGGCUCCAGAGAGGCCGUCAGGACCACCUUCGACACCCUCCCCGAAAAAGUAGCCAUCCAGCUCAACGACACCCACCCGGCUCUGGCCAUCCCGGAACUUCUAAGAAUCCUCAUCGACCAGGAGAAUCUCCCCUACGAAGAAGCGUGGAAGCUAGUCACUAAAUGCUGCGCGUACACCAACCACACCGUCCUGCCUGAGGCGUUGGAGAGAUGGCCGGUCUCCAUGCUGGAAAACGUCCUCCCCAGACACAUGCAGCUGAUCUACCAUAUCAACUUCCUCCACCUACAGGAGGUCGAGAAGCGCUGGCCGGGCGAUGGAAACCGUCUCCGUCGCAUGUCUCUGAUCGAAGAAGAGGGAGAGAAGAGAGUGAACAUGGCGCACCUCUGCGUCGUCGGCUCCCACGCCGUCAACGGCGUCGCCGCUAUCCACUCCGAGAUCCUCAAAGCGACCAUCUUCAGGGACUUCUACGAAAUGUGGCCCGAGAGGUUCCAGAACAAGACCAACGGAAUCACCCCCCGCCGUUGGCUGUUGCUCUGCAACCCUGGAUUAUCCGACCUUAUCUGUGACAAGAUCGGUGAAGAAUGGACGGUGCACCUUGAGAAGCUGCAGGGCUUGAAGCGCUGGGCUAAGGACCCCGGUUUCCAGCGCGCCGUGAUGAAAGUAAAGCAGGAGAACAAGUUGAGGCUGGCGUCUUUGAUCGAGCGUGACACCGGGGUUAAGAUCAACCCGGCAUCCAUGUUCGACGUGCAGGUGAAGCGUAUCCACGAGUACAAGCGGCAGCUGCUGAACAUCCUGCACGUGAUCACGCUGUACAACCGGAUCAAGCGCGAGCCGGCGGCGGCGGCGGUGACGCCGCGCACGGUCAUGAUCGGGGGCAAGGCCGCGCCCGGGUACUACAUCGCCAAGCAGAUCAUCGCGCUCGCCUGCGCUGUGGGGAACACCGUGAACAACGACCCUGAGGUGGGCGACAAGCUGAAGCUGAUCUACCUGGAGAACUACCGCGUGACCCUCGCCGAGAGGAUCAUGCCCGCGGCCGACCUUAGCGAGCAGAUCUCCACUGCCGGUACCGAGGCUUCUGGCACUGGCAACAUGAAGUUUAUGCUGAACGGAGCGCUCACUAUCGGCACCAUGGACGGCGCCAACGUCGAGAUGGCCGAGGAGGCUGGCGAGCACAACCUGUUCAUCUUCGGCAUGAGGGUUGAUGACGUCGAGGCUCUGCAGAAGAAGGGCUACAACGCGUACGAGUAUUACGAGCGCAACCCCGAGCUCCGGCAGUGCGUGGAGCAGAUCCGCAGCGGGUUCUUCUCGCCGGGCGAGCCGGGCCGCUUCGCGCACAUAGCCGACGUGCUGCUGCACCACGACCGGUUCCUACAUCUGGCCGACUUUGACGCUUAUAUCGAGGCGCAGCAGCGCGUCUCUGACGCGUACCAGGACCAGGCGAAGUGGGCGGAGAUGGUGAUCGAGAACAUCGCGUCGUCGGGCAAGUUCUCGUCGGACCGCACCAUCGCGGAGUACGCGCGCGACAUCUGGGGCGUCGAGCCCACGUGGGAGAAGCUCCCCUCGCCGCACGACACCGUCUAGACACCAUUCCCCUC